AUUCAUUAUUCAUUUCAUGCUUCGUCGUUACCCAACACAGCUUACUCAUCAUCACAAGCCUCCCUCUUUCUCUCUCUAAAACUGUACAAACCACACACAAAUCCCUAUCAUUUCACUCUCUCUCUCUAAACUUCAGCUCUCUUUCUCUCUCUAGACAGCAAUCCGCCAUGAAAGAACCAGAAAACGAACAUAUUGACCUUUCGAAUCAGCUUCUUCAAUCACUAUUGGACUCGAUACAACACACACAGAACUUCAGAGGCAAGUGGUCUCUGAUCAGAACCAAACUAACCGAUCUCAAGACCCAACUCGCCGACCUCGCCGAUUCACCUCCCAACUCUCUGUCUCAAGAACUGUUCCAUUCUGUCUCCGAUACUCUCUCCGACGCACUCUCCCUCUCUAAAGCCUGUCGAAAUCCGACCCUCCCCGACGGCAAGCUCAAGACGCAGAACGACGUCGAUUCGGUCUCGGCGAAGCUGGACCGGCACAUCAGGGACUCCGACGUUUUGAUCAAGAGCGGGGUGCUACAGGACGACGCCGUUCUGAGGUCGUCGUCGACGUCGAAGAGGGAGUCCGUACGAGUCGAGGCUCGGAACUUGAUUACUCGGUUGCAGAUUGGGAGCGUCGAGUCCAAGAACUCGGCGUUGGACUCACUGCUCGGGUUGCUUCAGGAGGACGACAAGAAUGUGUUGAUUGCGGUGGCGCAGGGGAUCGUCCCGGUGCUCGUGCGGCUACUGGAUUCGAGCUCGACGCCGGAGGUCAAAGAGAAGACCGUCACGGCCGUCGCUAGGAUCUCGGUUGUGGAUUCGAGCAAACACGUCUUGAUUGCCGAAGGACUGUUGCUUCUGAAUCAUCUAGUUCGAGUCCUCGAAUCGGGAAGUGGGUUCUCGAAGGAAAAAGCCUGUAUUGCCCUCCAAGCACUUAGCUAUUCCAAGGAAAACGCAAGGGCAAUCGGGUCCAGAGGUGGAAUUUCAUCACUGUUAGAGAUUUGCCAGGCCGGGACGCCCGGUUCGCAGGCGGUGGCCGCCGGCGUUCUGCGCAAUCUCGCGGGGUUUUCGGAUACCAAAGAGAAUUUCAUCGAAGAGAGUGCGAUUUCAGUACUCAUAACACUUUCAUCAUCAGGAACAGCUUUAGCACAAGAAAAUGCAAUUGCGUGUUUGUCCAAUUUGGUAACGGAGGAUGAGAAUUUGAAGCUAUUGAUUGCUCGGGAAGGUGGGAUUGAGAACUUGAAAAACUUCUGGGACUCUGUUCCAACGGUUCGGAGUCUCGAGGUUGCUGUUGAUCUCUUGAGGAAUUUAGCUUCUUGUCCUCUGAUAGCUGAGGUUCUUGUUUCAGAAGGGUUUAUACCUCGGCUUGUAUCUGUAUUGAAUUGUGGGGUGCUGGGAGUGAGAAUUGUGGCUGCAAAAGCUGUUUCUGAGCUGGGUUUCAACACGAAAACCCGAAGAGACUUUGGCGAAAAUGGCUGCAUUUCAUCUCUGAUUAGAAUGUUGGAUGGUAAAGCAACGGAGGAGAGAGAAGCCGCGGCAAAAGCAUUGUCGACCCUUAUGGCUUAUGCCGGUAAUAGAAGGAUUUUUAGGAAGGAAGAGAGAGGGAUAGUCUCUGUAGUUCAGCUUCUAGACCCUUUGAUACAGAACUUGGAUAAGAAAUACCCUGUUUCUAUAUUGGCCUCGCUUGUGCAUUCCAAGAAUUGCCGUAAGCAAAUGGUUGCUUCCGGUGCCCAUGUGUACUUGCAGAAACUUGUGGAAAUGGAGGUCGAGGGGGCGAAGAAGCUGGCGGAGAGCUUUGGCCGGGGGAAGCUAUGGGGUGUUUUCGCCAGACCGUGAUAACGGAAGAAAUUUGGAAAUGGCGGAUUGUGGAGAAGAGAGAUGAGACAUUGCGGUAAUUCUUCUACCUGUAUGUGUAUAGUACUCGUGCUUAAUUUUUAUUUAUUGUUCAUUUUUCUUUGUUCAUAAAUUGCGAUUAGAAUUUGUGGUAGAGAAAGUAAAUGCGUUGGUAGUCUAAUUGCUGGUGAAAGUCUGUUAAAGGUGUAAUCUUUUGUUUGGUGAACUAACUGGAUUGAAGUUUUGUGUUUUUUGUUUCUUUUGAAAACUCAAUAAAUUGAUAAUGAAUUCAUCUUCUGAGCUCA